AACAUUUUCACAAUUGGACGAGGAAAAGAACAACAGAUGCUGGGUUAUUCAAAAAAUGGAAGUCUGAAUACACACCACUUAAAGAGAUCAACAAGUCGUGGUAUGACACCCUUUAUAAUGAGGUCAAAUUAGACGAAUUAGAGUUAGUAAUUCAAUCUCUACCAAAUAACAAAGCGCCGGGACAAUCCAAUCUCCAGUACGAGUGGUUUAAAAACCUUCCACAAAAAG